AAAGCGACCGAUGCGGUGUCUCUUGUGCGGCCAUAGCCUGGACGCCGCGGCGGAGAACGGGCGAGGUGCGUGGUGUGGGUGGUGCGAGAGCGAGGCAGCCACACUGAGCCAGGAAGAGGUGGCGGCGCUCCAGAAAUUGGACCGGAUCCCGGCCGCCUUUGAAGUCUGGUGCUACGGCCGCCGUGAGGACGCCGAGGCCAGGGGGGUGGUGACGAAGAACUCCACGCCGGUGCCGCAGCCGGCGCGGCUCCUGCCGCGGCUGCCGUUGUUUUUGGGCGAUUUGGAUGAUGCAAAAGACGUGGACAACUUGAAGAAGUUGGGCAUUGGUUGCGUCAUCAACCUUUGUGCCGACAAAGUUGCGAGCAGUCGACGGUACCAAGACGUUCCAGGUAGACUGGCGAGGGCUCAGAUCCACCACCACAUUCUCGUCGCGGAGGAUGCCCGGCAUUUCAAGAUCCUGCCUGUUGUACAGGUGGCAUUUGGCAUCAUCAACGCUGCCUUGGCGCAAGAGACGAACAAUGGCGUCUUGGUGCACUGCUGGGGUGGGGUCAACCGCAGUGCCGCCUGUGUCGUGGCCUUUUUGACAACGCAGUAUAAGGUGCCUCUCUACGCUGCUGUGGCGGAGAGCAUGAAACAGCGAGGCACCAUUUUGACGAAUCAGUCCUUCCGAGCCCAGUUGGUCCGUUUUUGCUUCCAGCAGGGCUUGGACUUAUGUGGUGAGGAGGUCCCCGCGGCCCUGUGGCAACCACCGGCGGAUCCGGUGGCUCUGGGGGAUGCGCAGAGCUGCAAUGAUCCAACGAAGCGGCACAAGAAGGAGCCGCCCAAGGACAGCAACGACCACGGCCUGCGCUUUGCGGCGCGUGAUGGUUGCUUGAAAUGUGUGAUGGACUAUGUCGAGCAGGGCGUAGACCCAGAGAAGAAGGGCAAGAAUUAUUCGGCGCUGGGAUGGGCCGAAUGGAAGCUGGGAAGGGCCCUGGAUGACCAAGAGAAGCGACAAUACCGUGCGAUUCUGGUGUGUUUGCAGCGAGCCAGAGGGCAAGCAGAUGCCGUGUGAAAGUGGCUGCAAAAAAUGGGAAUGGCUUGGCUCAAAAGUGGGUAUGCACCAAUUUGAUCCAAUUUGUGGAUAUUUUAAUGGGAAGAUGAUGAUAAACUAUUGGAUUCUGUGACAUGAGGCAAAGUCCUUGUGUUUGAUCGUUGGCAAAGUUACCAACAAGAGUGUAGUUGAAAAAUCCCUGACAUUUCUAGCCUUCUCCGCUUUUGAAUCAGCAUUCUGGCACCCACCAAUUCCACGCAUUUUUGCGGGUUCAGUGAUGUGGCCUGUAGGGUGUCUUUGCGGCUGUUUGACAGAAUUGGAAGGCUGGUAAAAGUCAGACAUCGAGAGUUGAAGCAGUGUACGGGUAUCACGUCUUUCCAAUUUGAGCUGAUCGUUCAGAAGGAACUAUGGAUCAAGCUCUUUGUAGCAAAAUUGAAAGGCCAAUACAGUUCAAUUUUGAGGUCUUUCAAGGGUCCAACCAGUCUGGUGCCAAAA